AUGAUAUUCAGCCGGUUUUUAGGUUAUGCACCGUAUCACUUUGCUCCUCAUUACCCCUAUGUUGGAGCAAUAGCGGCACCGGCUCCAAUCAUGCAUUCCGCAGUACCAGCGUAUUCGUCCGUAGUACCUUACCCUGUGGUCUCUCCUGCCUAUCCUCACCAUCGUGAACUUCACAACGUUGCUGGUGCCAUCCAACGAGAGAAGGAACUUCUCACGGACGUUUCACUUCGUUUCCCUGCAAAAAAAGAGAGGUUGGCCAAGCACAAAAAUCUUGAGAAGAACUAG